AGUGGUUAUCAUAGCAAUGUAUAUAAUAAGACAUUAAUAAAAAAAUCCACGUAGUCUACUCUAGUGCAGUGGAAGAAUAUAACAUAUUAAAUAAAAUACAUAGUUUUUAAAAUGAUUUUAAGGCUGAUGGAUACAAAUUUAUUAGUAGUAUUUAGUACUUUAGUGAUUCUUAGUAUUAAUCAAAGGGUAUUUGCAGAACAACCGUGUGUCGUAUUCGACGAUAAUGGCGUGUGCGUACUUUAUGCAAAAACUGGUAAAAGUGAAGGCACACCAGGAAAAUGUAAACUAUUCAGUGCGCCACAGGCUGACGGAAAACAAUUGUGUUUAGAUCCUGCGGUAAAAACGCAAGCAAGUAAAUUUAAAGAUACGAUUGAAGCACCUGAAACCAAGCCUACGAUACCACCAAAGAAAGAUACGACUGAAGCACCUGAAACCAAGCCUACGAUACCACCAAAGAAAGAUACGACUGACGCACCUGAAACCAAGCCUACGAUUCCACCAAAGAAAGAUACGACUGAAGCACCUGAAACCAAGCCUACGAUACCACCAAAGAAAGAUACGACUGAAGCACCUGAAACCAAGCCUACGAUUCCACCAAAGAAAGAUACGACUGAAGCACCUGAAACCAAGCCUACGAUACCACCAAAGAAAGAUACGACUGAAGCACCUGAAACCAAGCCUACGUUACCACCAAAGGAAGAUACGACUGAAGCACCUGAAACCAAGCCUACGUUACCACCAAAGGAAGAUACGACUGAAGCACUUGAAACCAAGCCUACGUUACCACCAAAGGAAGAUACGACUGAAGCACUUGAAACCAAGCCUACGUUACCACCAAAGGAAGAUACGACUGAAGCACCUGAAACCAAGCCUACGAUUCCACCAAGUACAUCAGAAGAUACGACUCAGAAGAAACUCAUCAUCGAAGAAGUACUCCUUGGAACUCGUGACCGUAACGAUACCAAUGCUAAAAGGAUUUCGUUCGCCGGAAUAAUGAAUCCGAAAUAUGAUCAUUACAAUAGUGCAUCCAGUCAUAGCUCCCAGUUGCUUACUAUUUUGCUAAUAUCAGCUGUUACUACAUAUUUUGUAUUAUUAUAAUUUUCUAAUUGAUAUAGGGGAGGGAGAGGCAAAAUGGGCCCUUUAAUAAAAGUUGUUCUUAUUUAUUUUACUUUUUUCCAGCCUCUUACCAUGUAUUUGGUCUCAAUACGCCGCGUCUAUUUAAAAUUAAAAAUCUUUAAAUUUGGGGUAAAAUGGGAGGCCUCCCAAAAAAAAGUUUUAAUAUUUGAAUUUUUUUAACCUCUCUUUCUAGUCUUCUACCAUGUAAUCGUAAUCAAUAUGCUCCAAAAAUAAAAAAUUAAAAUUUGGGGCAAAAUGGGUUUUCUAAGAAAUCAACAAACAAUUGGUUAUUACUUUAUUUCAUCUUAAAAGCUAAUAAAUAAAUUUUUCAGAAAAUUGACUUUUAA